AUGGUGGGCAAGGACUGCGUGGCCAUUGCCUGCGACCUCCGCCUCGGCAUGCAGGCCCUCACCGUGUCCAACAACUUCCCUAAGAUCUUCCAAUACGGCGACGUUUUCCUUGGGCUGACGGGUCUCGCCACCGAUGUUUCGACCGUAUCCGACUUGUUUCGUUACAAGGUCAAUAUGUACCGUCUUCGCGAAGAACGCAACAUCAGCCCACAGACCAUGGCCAACCUCGUCAGCUCAAGUCUGUACGAGAGGCGCUUUGGCCCAUACUUCAUCAGCCCGGUGAUUGCAGGUAUCAACCAGACGAGCGGGAAGCCUUUCAUCUGCGGUUUCGACAGCAUUGGGUGCAUCGACUUUGCAAAGGACUUCAUCGUAAGCGGAACAGCGAGCGACCAGCUGUUUGGAACAUGUGAGGGGCUGUGGGAGCCAGAUCUGGUGGGUUCUUCAGGCCCAGAGGACCUGUUCGAGACCAUUUCACAGGCGCUACUCAACGCCGUCGACCGUGACGCACUUUCCGGUUGGGGCGCACACGUUUACAUUAUCGAAAAGGACAAGGUGACGAAGCGGUUACUCAAGGGCAGGCAGGAUUGA